CCUGCUGUGAACCAUCCUGCCAAGACGCACUGUUUUCAUUAUGCCAGUGCUAGUAUUUACAACCGAUGAUGCAAGCGCUUACAUCCUUCAAGAAGUCAUUCGCAAUGCAAGACAGUUUCGUUUACUUGACCUAUCAGGCCAAAGCAGCAGGACAGUAAGGUCAAUUCCAUGUAAGAAUUCAUGUUAGCAUCACAUGUGGAAGGGUGGUUCCAAAGAAGGAUGGCUCAUCUUCUGGACUCCUUUUGAUACAGCUGGACUUGGCAAGCUGACAGAACUGGAACUCCUCUAUUUGAUUGACUGGACAAAUCAGGGCACAUUCCCGAGUGAGCUGGGACAGUUGACAAAGCUGACCAUCCAGGUAUUGGAUGGGAAUUCUAUCUCUGGAACAUUGCCACAUGAGGUCUUUGAACUGACCGAGCUGACCAACCUCAAUGUUGGCUCCAACCAGUUGCAGGGCACACUACCACCUGCUCUCUUUUCCAGACUUUCCCACUUGCAGUGGAUAUACAUCAAUGACAACAUGAUCUCGUGCACUAUUCCUGCAGAAGUUGGUCAGCUGUCUGAUGCCAGGAAGCUCGAAUUUCAGAAUACCAAGCUUUCUGGCACCCUUCCGACAGAAAUGCUUAUGCUGGAGAAUUUGACCAGCCUGGUAGUCACAGGCACAUCCUUGUCAGGCAGCAUCCCUGAAGAGUUGUGUGACAAAAUUUACCAGAAGGAAAUGAAAUGCUAUGGUUCUCCGCCAUGUACAGUCUUUCGAGUGAAUUCCAACACAACUGCUUGCCAUGGCACUUCCCUCUGUGGAUGUGAUUGUGGUCCUUGCAAACCUAACUAG